AUGGUGAAUGGUAAGUACCUUUUGUAGGUCAUAGAGGUACAUUAAGUAUAGAGAUGAAGUAUAGAGAUAGAGCCGGCAGAUGACCAAACGAGAUGCUCUUAUGGAACUUUCAGUAGGAGUAGCAGAGACAGCGCAAUGAUUGUUUGUCCUUGUCACAGUUUCAUUUAUUUAUUCCCCACCGUACAUUUUAGUAUGGCUUAUGGUGGGCAACAAAUAACCCGACCAAAUUACGUAGGUUGUUUUUGGUAUCUUGACAGGAAUGACAAAACGUGUCUUUAAUUUGGCGCAUUGCGUAUGUUCUGUCCCUUACGGGCGCACGCGUAUAGCAAAUCUAGUUGAUCCUACCAUGUAUAUAGUAGGAUGGUUGUAGGUAAUUAGACAAACAAAUUAAGAAUUGCCACAGACAACCGUCUGCGUAUUGCGUCUGAAGCAAUUGUUAAAAAAAUGAACUAAGAAUGUAAUUGAGAGAGAUUAUGUAACGACAAUUAAACCGCCUUUCGUACACAUGUUUUGUGUUAUGUCUUUUGUGCUCAAAUUUAGAAUUAAAUGACCCUAACAGAAAUCUCUAAAAACGGACCUGGGUUGAAGUGGCAACACUAAAUAAGUGUCUAACUUCACAUGAAUAAUCCGCAACCCUCGGAAUUGUCAAAAGCGCGAUAAGAAAAUAUUGCAGAAUGUUUUAUUUUAUUUGAUUAUUAUCAAAGUUUAGUGAUAAUCACAAACCCGGCACAUAGUUUGAAAAUAUUACUAACUUUUUAAGUGCUUAAUAAAUUUUACUGUAGCGUUAGUGCCGUGUUAUAAAUGACUAAAAAUAUGCGCGAAUAUUCACGACAUUAUUUAAAAUUUACGGUUUAAAAUCUACUAUUAUGUCUUAUACACCGUCUAUCGUGUCACCCUUAUAACAUAUAAUCAACACUUUCAAUUGUAAUAUCAAAUUGUGUUCAUUUAAUAUUUAGUGUCCUUGUAAACUGCAAUCCUCUCAGGGCGUAACCUGUCGUUCUACGGGUGAAGGCUGUGUAAAAAUGAUAUUUUUUAACCUUUUCUGAAACGUAGUGUAUCUCAUAUUUGUGAAAAAUGGCUGAGGACGAGGUACUUUUCGACGAAGUAUACGAACUUUGUGAAAUAAUCGGCAAGGGUCCUUUCAGUUUGGUCCGCCGCUGCGUGCACCGUCAAACGGGGCAACAGUUCGCGGUGAAAAUUGUAGAUGUCGCCCGAUUUACUGCCAGUCCUGGACUCAGCACUGCUGACCUCAAACGCGAGGCCACAAUAUGCCACAUGCUGAAACAUCCCCACAUCGUUGAGCUCUUGGAGACGUACAGCUCCGAGGGAAUGCUCUACAUGGUCUUUGAAUAUAUGGAUGGAUCUGAUCUCUGCUUCGAGGUAGUGCGCAGAGCUAGCGCCGGCUUCGUCUACAGUGAGGCUGUUGCCUGCCACUACAUGCGUCAGAUCCUCGAGGCGCUGCGCUACUGCCACGAGAACGACAUCGUGCACCGCGACGUGCGGCCGCACUGCGUGCUGCUGGCGGGCCGCGACAACUGCGCGCCCGUCAAGCUCGGCGGCUUCGGCGUCGCCGCGCAGCUGCCCGCGCCCGUGGAGCACCGCGCGCCGCCCGGUCGUAUCGGGACACCGCACUACAUGGCGCCCGAGGUGGUGUCGAGCCAGCUGUACGGCAAGCCGGUGGACGUGUGGGCCGCGGGCAUCCUGCUGCACGUGCUGCUGGUCGGCUACUUGCCCUUCACUGGCACGAGGGAGAGGCUGUUUGAAGCUAUAUGCAGAGGAAGAUUGCGGUUUGACGCCCCCCUUUGGGAUGACAUCAGCGACUCCGCUAAAGAUUUGGUCCAGCGAAUGCUGACAGUGGAUCAUACGCAGAGAAUAACCAUCCAGGACGUGCUCAACCACAGAUGGAUAAGAGACCGCGACAAGCAAAACCGUAUACACCUCUCCGGCACCGUGGACGAGCUGAAGAAGUUCAACAGCCGGCGCCGCCUGCGGGCCGCCACGCUGGCGGCGGCCGCGGCCGACGACGACGAGGACGACGAGCAGCCCGCCAGCAAGCAGGCCGUGCUGGAGGAGGCCAACGCGGCCGCUGUCAAUCUCGUGGUGGAAUCGUUGGACGACGUGGCGGUGCUGCAGGACGGGCCCGGGUUCUUGGACCCCGACCUGUUUCACAGCGUGUUGGACGACCUGCAACUACGAGCGCUGCUCGAGGUAUACGACCGCAUCGCGUGCACGGUGGUGGUGAGCUCGGGGCGCGCGCCGGCGGCCGAGGGCCGGCAGCGCUGCCGCCAGGCGCUGGACGCGGCCGCGCGCCCGCGCCACAACCCGGCCGGGCCCGCCGCCGCCUCCGUCACCACCGCCGCCGCCAUCCACGACCUCCGCCGGGCGCUGGCGCUGCCGCAUAUCAAGGCCCUACUGCAGGCACACGAUGUGGUGGCGCGCGAGGUGUACGGCGAGGAGUCGCUGCGCGCCUCGCCGCCACCGGUCAACGGGCGCAGCACGGCGCCGCCCCCCGAGGACGACGACGACACCGAGCCCGAGUUCGAGAACGUGACCAGGGUGCGCCUCGUGCAGUUCCAGAAGAACACUGACGAGCCUAUGGGCAUAACCCUGAAACUAGCUGACGACGGAAGAUGCAUUGUGGCUCGGAUCAUGCACGGGGGCAUGAUCCACCGACAAGCCACGCUGCACGUCGGCGACGAGAUCAGGGAGAUCAACGGCACGCCUGUAGCCAACCAGUCCGUCGCACAACUUCAAAGGAUGCUGCGCGAGGCUCGUGGGUCAGUGACAUUCAAAAUAGUGCCGUCGUACCGCUCGGCACCACCGCCCUGUGAGCUUUUCCGGAUUAAGCCUUCGCCCGUACUAAUAUUUGUAAGAGCACAGUUUGACUACGAUCCCUUGGAGGACGAAUUGAUUCCAUGUGCUCAAGCCGGUAUUGCAUUUACCACAGGAGACAUACUUCAGAUAAUAAGCAAAGACGAUACCCACUGGUGGCAAGCGCGCAAGGACGCAGCGGGCGGUUCGGCCGGGCUCAUACCGAGCCCUGAACUACAAGAGUGGAGGGCCGCGUGCGCCGCCGCCGAACGAUCUAACACCGACCAAGGAACCGAGGGCUGCGUGUCUCAUACUGAUGGCUGUGAAAACACAGUGAAUUGUUCUAUAUUCGGGCGCAAGAAGAAGCAGUCCAAAGACAAGUACCUCGCCAAACACAACGCCGUGUUCGACCAGCUCGACGUCGUUACCUACGAAGAAGUCGUCAAGUUACCAUCUUUCCAGAGGAAGACUAUUGUGCUAUUGGGCGCGCAUGGCGUGGGUCGGCGUCACAUCAAGAACACUCUGAUCGCGCGUCACCCGGACCAAUACGCAUAUCCCAUUCCACACACCACCCGGCCGCCAAGAGCGGAUGAAGAAAAUGGCAGACACUAUUAUUUCGUUACGCAUGAAGAAAUGAUGGCUGAUAUCGGGGCCAAUGAGUACCUGGAAUACGGCACUCACGAGGAUGCGAUGUACGGCACGAAGAUAGAGACGAUCCGUCGCAUCCACUCGGAGCGGCGGAUAGCGAUCCUGGACGUGGAGCCGCAGGCGCUGAAGAUCCUGCGCACGGCCGAGUUCGCGCCCUACGUCGUGUUCAUCGCCGCGCCGCCGCUCAACAACGUGGCCGAUUACGACGGUUCGCUGGAGGUGCUGGUGCGCGAGUCGGAGCAGCUGCGGCGCACGUACGGGCACUACUUCGACAUGAGCAUCGUCAACAACGACAUCGACGACACGCUCGCGCAGCUCGAGGCCGCGCUGGCGCGCCUGCGCUCCACCCCGCAGUGGGUGCCCGUCUCCUGGGUCUACUGACACGCAGACUCCUACUACCUUUAAACUGACUAACCAAUCAUACCAAUCAGCAACACUCUCUCCGACAAGUUCCACUAAGUUUCGGAAUUAUUCUUUUAUAAUUGAAGCAAGAAGUUAACUCUUGCACUAUAAGCAGUAUUUACUCAAAUUUACGUGCGUCGCUCGAGUUAUAUAAAAUGCUGUUUCCUUAAAAUCAUCGACAUACAGACGUAGUGAAUAAUCUUUACUAUCGUAUUUUCACGGAUACACACGAACGUGUUAUGCUAUUUCAGUUAGGCUCUGUACAAAAAGUAAGGUUAACUGAAGUAGCAUGACAAAUACGAACGUUUCUGAGAAAAUAGGAUGGCAAGGGAUUGCCCACGACAUCUGUAAUGCGUCGACCUACAUAUUUUCAGAUAAAAAACCUGUAUCUGCAAUGAGUGAUCGUUUUCUUAGCGUUAUCAAGCACCCACUUAAAAAUGCUUUGAAAGCCAUUAUGCUAGUACUGUACUUACACUACACUCACUAGUAUACCUACCUGUUUCAAUCUAAUAACUUGUCACAGUAAGACACAACGCUGUCAGAUUACAUGCCAUUUUGUGUGUGUGUGUUUUUUUAUUAAGUUAUUGCGUACCUACAUUUUAAUACAUAUUUAUAUUAUACACUUUUCUUAUAGAUAAAUGAUUAUAGUCGCCGCGUCUCCUUAGAGCAUAAGAAAUAAAAGCGUGUCUUACAAAUGUUUAAAUGAAACGAUUCUUCUUAUAUCUCUGGAAACGCGGCUUAAAACGAUAUACCUUUUUAAAAUUUUAUCAAACGGUUAUCACUGUAUGUUUACCUAUCUACACGUUUAUGAAAUUAUAAUAAAAAUAUCUUAUCUUGGAUGAAUAACAAAGAAGGUUCCGUAAAAAAAAAAUGUGCUUAAAUUGCGUCAUUUAAUAAUGACAAAUAUUAAUUGAUUGUAUUAGAUUUGUAGAGUCUAAGGAAAAAUCCAGCCCCUGAGUUUGACAGCUCAAGAAUUUGGCGCUGUACGACGCUGUUUUGUGGUCAUUAAAUAGUCGAACCAAAAUUACCACAUAAUGUGCGAAUCCGUACAGCGCCACCUACUGUGAAAUUGUCAUUAUUAGCUGUCAAAUUGGAAGCACGAAUUUGUCUUCGAGUUCACACAUCUAGUACAAUCCAUGGUUAUUUAAUAACAAAAACACGAUCAAGUACUUAUUGAAUACGAUAAUCUCUACAUUGUUCCUUUCUCUAUUUAAUCAGUGACAAAUAGAUAUCCUUAAUUAAGUUUCUAACUACAAGGAUCUUGAAUCUACUAAAGCUUGCAUGGUAUUUGGUGCAUGACCGCUCAAUUUCACUAUUAUGUGCCAAAUGUGUGACUGCAUACCAAAUCCCACGAUAAUAACGAUUUUAGACACUUGCACAUUAACAACAUGAAUUUUGGAUCAAUUGUACAUAAAUAUACAUUAGUAAGUAAUUAAAAACUAAUCGUCUAGAAAAGUAAAGUAGCUCAACAACUGCAUACAUUAAUAAUUAUCUUUAAGAUCUAUUCGACUAUCUUAGAUACUAUAUUUACCUACCGACAAGGCACUUUUUUCGCUCUAGGUACACAAUGUAGGAAAAUAUGUAUAAAAAAUACCUACUUAGCGACUAAACCAGUCUUUAUGAUGAGUUUUACUUGAAGCAACCAGUAACUGAAAUCAAUUGGCGUGCAGUUGAAUUGUACCGUUGUGUACUUAAGGCGAAUAGUGGCCAAUCACAUCACAGAAUUAGAAUUCACAGGGUUCCAUGUACCAGUAUGUUUAAGUGUCAAAAUGAUCGUCUUUCUUGUAUUUUAGGGCCAAAAUACAAUUACUAAAUACGACACUAUCGCAUAUAUAGGUAAUCGUAUUUCAGCUCUAAGGGCAACUCCCUCACUAUGUUUAUAGUAUAAACCUUCUUAUUUCUCACAAAUCAUACAGUUAUCGGCGCAAACUAAACUCAUGUAAGUCCUAAAAGUGGGUAUCGAUGUAUAUAGCAAUACCCAGAUUGAUGCAUAUCGAUGACAUCAAAGUCAAUAAUCCGAAAUACGAUACCAAUUUUUAUGAACUUGACUUUGGUACGAGUAUGUGUCAGCAUAACGUACGCGGAAUGAAAUGCGGACAAAAUUCAAAGUCGUAUCAAAUAUUUUUUUAUGUUUAUUAAUAAUAUAUUUAAAUGCAAGAAAAAGUUUACUCCAAUGCGAUAUUUUUAACGGCUAUCGUGGUACAGUCAGCGUUAAAUACUUUGUAGCAACCAAAGU